AUGAACAGCACACCUGUGCCUGAUGCUCUUUCGCCGCGUUCUCUCAAUGCGUGCACAGUGGCAGAGCCUUUCCGGCCGACCGCCUCGGCUUCGCUCGGCAUCAAUAUGACCCAAUCUGGCGUGCCAGUACCCAACCCGCCCACAGAAUCGAUGCCUCCACCUGCUAUCGAACCCCUCGAUGCUCGCACGCGUCCGCAGCACUCGCGCACCCCCUCCGACGAACAUGACAGCCUCAAGUAUCAUCUCUUGGGCCCGUCGCUUACCAAAGCCGGCCAGGACAGCGUAGACCAGCAAAAGGUGUCCGAGGUCAUAUACAAUGCCUCCAAGGGCAGCAAGUUCUUCAACAAUGAAGAGGUCAGGGACCGCGUGUUGACGGAGAAGAUCAACAGGAUACUGGCAAAGAAGCGCCAGCUAGAUAAGGUGAACCUGACUUUAGAACUGCGACGCGCCGACGACUACCUUGCAGAGCUGGAAUUAGGCAGGGACCUCAGCCAGGUCGUAAUCCACAUCGACUGCGAUGCUUUCUAUGCUGCAGUGGAAGAGCUCGAUCGACCGGAGCUGCGAGAUGUUCCCAUGGCUGUUGGCAAAGGUGUCCUCACUACCUGUAAUUACCAUGCACGCAAGUUUGGCUGCCGGUCCGGCAUGGCUGGCUUCGUGGCCAUGAAGCUGUGUCCUCAGCUCAUAUGCGUGCCCAUGAACUUCGCCAAGUACACGGCCAAGGCGGAAGAGGUGCGCGCAGUUCUCGCCCAAUAUGAUCCGCGCUUCGAAAGUGCAAGUUGCGACGAAGCAUAUCUGAACAUUACCCAAUACUGUGAAGAACACCACAUGGAGCCAGAAGAUGUCGUUAGCCAAUUACGAGCCGAAGUGCACGAGAAGACGAACAUCACCGUAUCAGCGGGCAUUGCCGCAAACGCGAAACUAGCCAAGAUAUGUAGCAACAAGAACAAACCAAACGGGCAGUUCAAUCUUGUCAGAGAUAGGCAAACCAUUAUGGAAUUUAUGAAGAUACUACCUACUCGCAAGGUCAACGGCAUCGGGCGAGUGUUUGAGCGGGAGCUCGAUGCAAUCGGCGUCAAGACGUGUGGAGAUAUCUACGCUCAGAGGGCCUACCUUUCUUCUCUGUUUGGCCAGAAAGCCUUCCAGUUCUUGAUGCAGUGCUACCUGGGGCUCGGUCGAACUCAGAUACAGCCGGCCGAGGACUAUGAGCGGAAAAGCGUUGGCACCGAGACUACAUUCAGAGAGCUUAGUUCUCCGGACAGCCUACGACAAAAGCUGAGGGAUAUUGCAGAAGAGUUAGAAGGUGACAUGAAACGCACAGAGUUCAAGGGACGUACGCUAUGCAUCAAGAUUAAGCUGCAUACAUACGAAGUCUACACGCGGCAAAUGACGCCUCCGUUUGCGAUCCACCGUGCAGAUGAUCUAUACAAGUACGGUCUACCGAUGCUGGAGAAACUCAUGAAAGAGAUGCCGAACUUCAAACUUCGUCUGAUGGGACUGCGAUGUACCCAUCUCGUCAGCACAAAGAAGCCCGGCAUCGACUUCUUCGGCCGCCAACGAGCCCAGGCCACUUCAAAGCCAGUUGCGCAGAGUGACACUAAGGCUAAGGACGGUGAAUGGGAAACAUGGCCUGAAGAGGAGUUUGAAGAGGCCGCUCGACAGGAACGGGACGAUGAGAUGAACGAGCUGGAAAAGCUGUCACAAGAAUACAAUGAACAGGAAAAAUCAACAGAUAAGACGCCAAGGGAACCCAAAGCAGCAGAAGAGGAACCGUGGACAUGUCCCAUCUGCACACUUCCACAGCCCCCAGACGAUGCGACGUUCAACGCCCAUAUCGAUUACUGUCUCUCCCGGCAGACAAUCAAGGAGGCCGUCAAGGCAACGGCACCUACGCCCGCCGCGUCAAAACCGCAGCUGAUUUCUUCUAAGCACUCGCUAGUCAAGGCGAAAGGUAAGCGGGGCCGUCCGAAAAGCGAACACGGUGGUUUGGAUGAGAAGACGCGGGAGAAGCGUAGAGCUUUCUUCACGAUGCCGGCGGGAUCGACGUCGUGA